CUGAGAUGUUACAUACUGGUGUAUAGUGCAGAGGAUCUCAGGUUCAAACCCAGUUAAAAACUAAAAAUUCAAAACUAGUAAAAGAAAUAGUUUUUGGCUGACAACAGGCAUUAAAAUAUUUUGUGUUGAAAACAGAAGACUUGAAGAAAUUUCAAAAGCACAAAUUUUAUUGAAGAAUUUUUUGUGUUUCAAGAAUUAUAAGAGAGUGCUUCACAAGGUCAAAAAAAAAGGUAAGAAAAUGGAAAAUGAUCACUACAUAAUAACACCCAAAAACAAAAUUAAAGCCAUGUGGAAGAUAGACAACAAGCAGGAAAUGAGCCGCCCUCCCCUCAAAAUGUAAACAUGCCUCUAGACCAAGACAGCAAACAAAUUACAAAUCCAGAAGAAGUAACCACUGUUUUUAAUGCAUACUUUUCAAAUAUUCAUGAACAGUUUCUCCGUGGCAUAAAAUCUUCCAGUAAAAAUUCUAUCAGAUCACCAGCAAAUCUAAAUAGAAACCCUGAAUCCCUACUUCUUCCCCCAACCAACCCUAAAAACAUUAUGCUAGCAGUUAGUAAGUUACGAACAAAAUUUUCAACAGGUAUGGAUGAGAUUCUGCAUUAUGUCAUUAACAAUGCAGGUGGCUUCAUUGCAGUACUAUUAGCUGAGCUUUUCAACAGUUGACUAACAACUGGAAUCUUCCUUCCUGCUUAAGGAUAGUGAAAAUCCAAGCCACUAUUCAAAAAGGGCAAGAAAGAAGAAAUAAGCAAUUAUAGACCUCUUGCUUUGUUAUUCGUAUUUACAAAACUACUAGAAAAAAAUCAUAAGAGAUUGUUAGAUUUUCUAGAAUAGUGCAACAUACUAUCCACAGCCCGCCAUGGCUUCCAGAAAGGCCAAUCAACAGAAAUCACAAUAUUUGAAUUUCUAAGUGAAGUGCACCAAAAACUUGAUAGUGGGGAAAAAGUAACUGGCAUAUGCCUUGAUCUGUCUAAGUGUCAUAUCACUAUCCAGUUUGUAGAUGACAAAUAUUUUAGUCAGUAAGAAGACAGCAGAAAUGUUACAGACAACACUAUCUGAGACAUUAACCGGUUUUGUAAGCUCAUUCAGCCAAAACAAACUGAUAAUAAAUAAAGUAAAAGAGAAGUGUUAAAUUUUCAUAAUGUCUAUAAAAACAGUGAAGGGUGUAUAAAAUUUCAGAUAUCAGACAGAUAUUUCAGGUGUGGCUAAUGCAGUAUUUCUGGGGAUCUGGUGCAAAAUUAACCUUAGAUUGGAUACUUACAUUGAUAGCAUGUUACCAUGUGCUGUUUGAAGAGUGCUUGAAAACUGGUGCCAUAAGGACUGUCUAAUGACUGUUUAUUAUGCUACGUUCUGUUCUGAAGUAUGGGAUCACUUUCUGGGAUAAAUCACCAUACUGCCAAAAAUUCUUCAGGUUGCAAAGAAGAAAAGUGAGAAUCAUGGCUGGAAUAAAAAUGAACAAACCCUGCAGACCCUCCUCUUCCAUGUAUUUACAUUUCUGAAAGUACAGUGUUUAUUAAGAAAUAUGCAAUAACAAAUCCUAGUGUUCUCUUCAAAAAUGAAAAUCUGCAUCACCAUGACGCAAGACAGAAAACUGACUUUCACAUGCUCCAAAUAGAAAGCAGUUGUGCCAAAAAGGAACAUUACACCAUGGUAAAAUUAUUUACAACAAGUUUCCAAAUUAAAUUAAAGUAAUAAAUGAUCUACAAAAAUUAAAGCAGUGUUAAAAGAAUAUCAAUUAAUGCAUUGUUUCUAUAGUCUGGAAGAGUUCCUCCAAAAUCUUUGAGAGCCCAAGAAAAUUAAUGUCAAGUGUAUAAGACACAUUCUUUAUCACAUACAAAAAUAUUGUGUAAAUAUGGCUAUCUACUUGUAGCCUGUAACCAUUAAUAUUAGUUUAGUCAUAUUUCCAGUUGUAAUUUUCUAGCUAUAGAGAUUUAAUUAUAAGUCAGAGCUGAAAAAAAAGUAUUCAGUAAUGCACACAAAACAUCAUCUAAAAAUGAAGACAUAUAUGCACUGAUCUAUCCAGUAUCUGAUGUGUUGUACUGUAAUAUAAACUGGACAAAAUAAAUACAAAUACAAAUCAUACUGUACUU